AUCUGUCAACGUGUGACAUCGACAUCACCAGAAUUUGUUAAAUAAAAAACCCAACCUAAACAUGGCGUCAGACGGAGACGAUGUUAUUAGUGAUCAAGAAAAAGUGAAAAUAGUUUCAGAUUUCAUUCUCCAUUCACCACCAGGUGAAUUUAAUGAAGUAUUUAAUGAUGUGCGAAAACUUUUAAAUAACGACGACCUUCUGAAAGAAGGUGCUAGUGGAGUUUUCGCCCUAUAUAAUAAAGAUCAAUUGACCCCCGUUAGAAUAGAAAACUCCGAUAGUUUGGUGCUCAUUACUGAAUACAACGAUUUAGGGAAUAACAGAUUCUUUGACCCUAGAAGUAAGCAAAGUUUUAAAUAUGAUCAUUUGAGAAAAGAAGCUUUAGAUUAUCAACCAUACACACCCGAUAGUACUUCCGAGCCUUGGAGAGCAGCCUUAGAUACAGAAUUUAUUCAAUAUACUAGGAACCAUUACAAGGAUGGAGUAUGUAGUGUUGUAGGCCUAAACCAGGGUGGAGUUAUUACUCUAACAGCUUGUAUUGAAGAUCAUCAAUUUCAACCCAAAAAUUUUUGGAAUGGAAGAUGGAGGUCUCAAUGGUCCAUUAGCUUAACUGAUGAUACCACAGCAGAAGUGCGAGGAGUACUUAAAGUACAAGUUCACUAUUAUGAAGAGGGUAAUGUCCAACUAGUAAGUACCAAGGAAAUUAAAGAAAGCGUCCCUGUUUCAACUGAAGCACAAACUGCUAAAGAAAUCAUACAAGUUAUAGAAGCCGCAGAAAAUCUUUAUCAAACAGCAAUUUCUGAAAACUACCAAACCAUGUCAGAUACCACUUUCAAGGCACUAAGAAGACUACUGCCUGUUACCAGGACAAAGAUCGAUUGGAACAAAAUUGUAUCUUAUAGCAUUGGGAAGGAACUGAAAACCCAAUGAUUAGUGACUGAGUUUUAAUUAAAAGAAUGGCCGUUCUGAUGAAUAUCAAGUGUGUAUUAUUGUGGUUCUAUAAAAUUCUUUGUACAAAAUGUAUACAUAAAUUACGUGCAAUGCUCUUGGGUUCCAAGAGAGAAAACACUAAAUCAGAAAAACACAUUUCUAUACAAAUUAUUAGUAUUUGAAGUAUAUAAGUUUUAAAUUUAUUUUUCUUCAAUAAAAAUAUUUUAGUUACACAUGGGAAUUUCAGAAGGUACCGUAAACUUGAGCUAUUUAGGCACAUUUUCGAAACUUCUUUUCAAAUAAGUCAAAAAGUGAUUUAUAGAAUAUCGUGAAAAAAAUUAGUUGGACAUAACUAAAGGGCAUCAUCUGAAACAAAAAAAAAGUAAAAUGUAGCUUUUGAGAAAAAGAAAUUAUUGAUUGGGUACCCAAGUUUAUAAGUAUAAAUUUUCAUUUAUAAUGAUAAAAAACUCUAUAAAGUAAAUGAAUUUUUCUUUAAAACAGCGAACUAAGGCUAAACUAUAAAAAACCUAAACAUCAUCCAGUUCAAAGUCUUUAUUUGCAUCAGUAUCAUCAAAUACUUCAUGUUGAUCACUAUCCGAAUCUUUAAAUCACUCACACGUAAAGUAGGGAUCUUUGCUGUUGUGAUUACAGAAACCACAUAUCCAUUGUCGACAUUUUAUGCACAUUAUCCAAUCUUUCCAAUUAAUGCCACAACUUCCGUUUUUCUACUGACAACACGUUUUUUUAGAGCAGAUAGAAUUAAGCCUGAAAUAGAUGAAACUUGUGACAUCGACACAUGUUUGUCCAGAGUCCACCAGAGUUUUCACUGAAAGAAGUUGGUGAAUCUUUUGGUUCAAAAGUUGGGGAAUCUCUUGGUUUGGGAGUUGGUGUAUCUAGGGCUAAAUUUUUACUUAAUUGGAUUUUUUUACCUAAAUUUCUCUUUUGACUCUUGAAGCCUAUUUCUUGGUGCUCUCUGAGAAAAUCAAUGAGAGAGGAGUCUAGGUUUCUACCAACAGCUUUGGUGUCUCUUGAAAGACCAUCGGGAAUUAUUUUAAACACUUAAGUAGGAUCAGAAGGGUAUAAAUCAGUUGCUUUGAACCGGAUAUUAAGUUUGGUCCUAAAUUCACAGACACUGCUCCAUAAUUUGGAAAGCAACACUGGGAACUGUUUUUUUAAAGAUUUCCGUGAUACCUUCCUACCAACUUGGCUACAUCAAGUGGGUAGUGUUGCAUUGUGUUCUUAUUAGCAUCCUUGCAUUGUAUCUAGUUAAUGGAAAUAUCUAAUUGGCAACAAUUACAAGAGUAUCCAUAAUGGUAGCCUCUUCCUCGUUUGACAGAACUCUUGGGUGACUAACUGGGUUCAAAUUUCUUUCAAGGAGCUUCCACUGUAGAGUUGCCUGGGGGACCUUAUUUUUGGGAUAUGCCGGCCUUAACGACCUUUACUAUAUUUUGAAGGUUUUUGUUGGGGUUUGUUCGUAUGUCCGCACCAUUUUGAGUCAAUUUUUACAUGUAACAAACGAGAAACAAAAAUACAGUGGUGCCCCCAAGUAACCUCAGUUUACGGUAUAUAAAAAUAUAAGAAAAAUUGAAAAAAAAAAUUAUAUUUGCAUGUAUUUUAUGCCUACAAUUUUCCAAGUAGCAAUUUUGUGAUUCAUCAAUAAUGUAAACUGCAGUUCAUCUGUUUUACGCCCCUUCUUGUUGCUUAGGGAUGUUCUUUUGUAAAUAUUGGUCUGACCUUGUUAAGUUUUCUUAUAGCAGGGAUAGCCAAUUUUUAGAACAAUUAAAUUUGGAAUGCUUUUGAAAAUUGUCUUUAUAUAUAUACAUAUAUAUUUUGUUAAUGCUAUUUUAGUACCUUCUUAUUUUUUAUUGGUAUAUCAUCGCUAAAACGGAAGUAAAAGAUACAGGUUCCUAACCUACUUUUCAUGAAAAUAAUGCUGAAUUUUAUAUUAUAAAUGAAUUGGUAUAUUUACAUAUUUAUAUAUUUUUUUUACAUCUAGUUUGUUCCUCUUGUCAGUUGAGAUACUAAGAUGGUCAUUAAAGUCUUCAUCAUCAUCAUCAAAGUCUAAUUAAAUCAUACAUUUUUUUUAAAUUCAGUUUCUAAAACCAAACAUCGAAUAUUUAAUGGCACUUGUUCCUACAUAAAUCUGCAUAGUUAUGCAUCAACUACUUACAAUUCUCUACUCCCAUUAAAACAUCAACUAUACUUCUAAAUACAUAACCUUUCUUCACUGCUCUAUGAUUUCUGGGAACACGAGAAAGAGUUCAUAAAUGAAUAUGCUGACGAUCAAAAAACCGUCCAUACCUUGAGUCAUCUGUAAACAAUACAAACCUUCAAUCAACCAACUAACUCACAUUCUCCUUAACCCAUGCCAAUCGAACGUAUCUGUGUAGUAAGGUACAGAUAAAACCUGGACGAGUAAAACAGUUAAUGUCUAACAUAAAUGUACUUUUCUAAAUUUUUUUUGAGCGAAUCGAUUCUGAUGAUGAGUGGGUAUGAAUCUAGUACUUUACAAUAAAAUGACAUAUUUUAUCAUUGAAAUCUUUUAAAAUUUUUUAAUAAUUUAUAUACUUUACGUCAUAUUUAAAUGAUAUAUAAAGUGUGUACAGUCUAUAGUCAAUUAAAUCUUAUUUUUAAAUGUACAUCAACAAAUCUCAUAAUAUAUCAUGUUUAAUGCGAAUGUCCUUAUCAAAAUGUCAACAUUUAUAUCAUACUUUGUAUAUCAUAAACUUUUGUUUUUAUUUACAGUAUUUUCCUGCAUGAUUAUAUUUUACUAAUACAAAAUUUGAGUGUUGCAAACAUAGUUUGUCAUUUUAGUUAAGUUUUCGAAUAGAUUUUCAAAAUCUUUUAUUUGAUAGGUUGAAUCAAUUUAAAGCACCAAUUAUACACUUGCUAUUUAUUUAUUCCUUGUAAUCGCAGGUCGACUAUUAAUUUGUAAUAAAUUGCAAAAGUUGUCAAACGUAAUUUAAUCUGGUGAUCCCACAGUACAACAGUACGUCUCUGGUCCAAAGUACAGAGUCGUUCUUCCUCUUCAUUGCCUGGUAUAUCCUGGUGGCAUGGUAGCCUCAUUAGAACUACUUUAUUUCUAUUAGCUAGUGCUAUGUUGUUUGCACUCCCACGCUAUCUUGGACAUGCUCUCAAUAGACUUCAGGGCCACUUGGCUAUCGAAAAGAAUUCAAAUGUGUUUUCAAGAGGGGUUUCUAUUCAAAUAUUUCUGGACAUUAUUGCUAUCAAUUCUACCUGAAGAAUAGUGGUAUGGAUACAUUGGGGUUUGGUCCCUGUUUUGCACCAUCUGUAAACCUGGAAGAUUCAUUCGAGCUUGAGGAAGAUCUUUAUUGAACCAUGAUUAGCAAUCAUUGAUUACCACUUCGAAUGGGAUUUUCGUAUCAAUCAUGCUAUGCAUUUAGUCUAUUGACUUAUCACUGCUUUCUAGCUUUAUUAAUUCUAGAAUUUUUAGCAAAGAUAUGAAAGUAAUUUUGGAAAAUCCAAAAAGUUUUUCAAAUUUUUUUUUAAUCCUAUAUACACCGAAUUUUGUGUUAGUACCAUCAUUUGUUAUAACUUAUAACCUGCAAUUCAAUUAAUUAGGAAGAUAGUUAGUAUAAAAAAAUGAUUUUGUUAUUUGCUUCUAAUUAAGGGCUUGUCAAAUUACAUUUUUAUUUGAUGUAUAUUUGUUACUUAGUUAAAAUAAAAAUUUUAUAUUUU